UACUGAGGAGUUGGCAACAUUGCCCAGGAAGUGUUUGUCAUUUUUUUUAAGGAAGUGCUUUUCAUGGCUCGUGGUUUAAUUGUUUCCUUGUAUGGAGCUGAGCGGGAUUGGAUUCUACAUAAUCGAAACUACACAAUCCCAGGAAGGGAACCGAACCUCAAGGUCUGCCUAUCAACCACCAGCACAAGAAGUGAUUGAACACCAACCAGAUCUCACCAUGUCAGACACGGUCCCCCUGGAACAGAGGUACAAGGCCAGCAUGGUCCUGAGUGGAGCAGGAGAUGCCCUGGGCUACAACCAUGGUACCUGGGAAUUUGAAAAUGAUGGCGUGUUAAUACAUGAGCAAGUUCAGAAGAGAGGAGGUCUAGAGAAGCUGGAUGCCAUAGACUUCCCUGUUAGUGAUGACACCGUCAUGCACCUGGCUACAGCUGAGGCUCUGGUCAAGGUGGGGGAAGGGGCAUCCCUUCCUGAGCUGUAUCGAGUCCUGGUGGAGAAGUACAUUGUAAGCAUGACAGACAUGGCUGGAAGAGGAGCAGGCCUCACCUGCCUCAACAGUGUUGCAAGGCACAGACAGAGAACUGACGAGGACAUUACGAUUCCCUUCAACAAGAGGGGCGGAGGGUGUGGGGCAGCCAUGAGGGCCAUGUGUAUCGGCCUGCGCUUCCCCGACCCUGAGCAGGAGCACCUGCUGAUAGCAGUAAGUGUGGAGAGUGGGCGUCUGACCCACCACCACCCCACAGGCUACCUGGGAGCCCUGGCUACAGCCCUGUUCACGGCCUACGCAGUGAGGGGCACCCUGCCUGUGGAGGCCUGGGGACACAGACUCAUGGAGGUCCUGGUCAAAGCCAAGGAGUAUGUCAGGCUUUCGGGCAAUUGUGUGGAGCUGAACAUGGAGCACUGGGACUACUUUGGAAGUCAGUGGAAGUCCUAUUUAGAAAAGAGAGGCAUUCUGGAUGGAAAGAGCAAACCUCAGUUUCCAGAGUCCUACGGAGUGAAGGAGAGGGAGAGUUUCUAUAGGGCGGUGAGCUUCAAGGGUUGGGGUGGUGCCAGUGGGCAUGAUGCUCCCAUGAUAGCUUACGAUGCCCUCCUGAGGGCAGGCGACUCCUGGGUUGAGCUGGCCAAUCAUGGCUUCUUCCACGGCGGGGACAGCGACUCCACGGCCGUGAUCGCUGCUGCCUGGUGGGGCGCACUGUUCGGCUUCAGAGGGGUGCCAGAGAUCAACUACCAGAGGCUUGAGUACCGUGGCAGACUAUCCAAACUAGGGGAACAGCUAUACAAGCUCAGGGGGAAACCUCUAGGUUCUUUGAAAGUGUGAUGCAAAUUAAACCAAUAGAUGGUUAAAGGUGAAAUUCAUUACAUUUCCUGCAUAUCUGUAAUUUCAGCUACUUAAACUUUUUUUGACAUUAAUUUUGCAUCCCUUGGUUCUUAAACAUAUUUUUAAAGAAUAUUACUGGAUCUGGAAAGAUUUAUAGAGUAUUUAUGAUCUCAAACUGCAGUCUACCUACUGACUAGGAGAUGGAGCCAGAAUGUUCUGUAUAAUAACAAACAUUUUCUGUAAUGGCAACAUUUUUUAUUUAUUUCCAGCCUAUAAUCAAGUCUUCACUAACAUACACUGAUGCUGCAGUUGUUGCUCUAUUAUUGUACCAUUUUAGCUAUGGCAGAAAACGGACUGUUUUACUUCUGAUUAGACUGAUGCUUAAUGAAGACUAAAUUAAGUCUACAAGUACAGUGGUGACCAGAGGGUGGCAGUGUAACUUAACAAAUCACUCUUGAAACUCUUUCCUGUCUCGCUCUCUCAAGUUCUUUAUUGGCAUGGAAAACAAAAACAAGUGAAAUGGAUCAUUAACAAAAGUGAAAUACUAACAAAUUAACAGUAAACAUUAAACAUGUUCCAAAAGAAUAAAGACAUUUUAAAUGUCUUAUGUCUAUAUACAAUGUUGUAACGAUGUACAAAAGGGUAUUUACAAUGGUGUUUGUUUUUCACUGGUUGUCCUUCUCUUGUGGCAAUGAGAUUGUUCUAGCAGUUCUCACAUAGGAACUUCAUUGGGAGGAAGGAUGUUUUAUUUGCCAUUCUAGGCCCUUUUUAGACCUAUUAAGACCACGAUCUGUGAACUGUACAUGAUACAGACACAUCUUGGUGUCAUUAUACUCUAUAUAGUGUUCUCUUAAAUAUUGAGUACUCUAUGUCUAGAUUCUGAAAUACAAAUGUUCACAUUCAUUUAUUCAACAUAAAAAAUAUGAGUAUCUCAACUAAAACUGUUUUUGCUUAUUAUUAGACAUUGUUUGUAAUGUAACAUUUCCAGAAUGGGCUCUCUGGUACUUUAAUGAAAUUAUCCAUUUGUAUACGUUUACAUUAUAGCUCAUUAACCAAUUACAGUCCCCCCCUUUAGGAUUUCACAUUCAGCAAGUCACCAGGAUAGGGAGUUCUCUUUGAAUCCAUUUUCCCAUCCAUUGUGUUGAUGCUGAUUGUAAAAUUGACCACACCUUCAAUUAGCAUAGAGUCCACUGGAAAGGUGAUGUACUUGUUGAGUGUAUUGUUCCAAACAAUAUGGUCUUAAAAUGAACGGUAAUACUUGACACCUAGUAUCAUAAUAUGACACUGUCAUGACUCAUAUUUACAGCUGUUGUGACAUAUAUUGCAUUAUUUUAUAGCUGGUUAUGACACCUACAUAAGUGUCAAACCCACAUUGAUUUAAAUGUGUUAUUUCCCUG